AUGGUCUCUUCACUGAAUCUAGCAGUCUUGGUCGCUGCUUCCACUCUUGCUGUGGGUAUUGCCAAGCCAUUGCAGCUCUCCAGCGGUAUCUUCUACGAUCCUGCGCGUCACUCCCAAGUCAACACGACAGUUAUUGCUGAAGACCUGAGCCUUGUUGCCCAGCACUUCUCCAGUAUCCGCACGUAUUCCGCGAAGUUCAAUGACAUCAGUGCCAUCGCCAUGGCAGCUUCAGCCAAUCUUCGCAUCGCAGUCGGCGUAAGCAUGGGGGUACCCUGGUUUAUAGACUCCGAGAUCCAAGCGGUUUGCGACGGCGUAGCCCAAUAUCCUCAGACCGUCGAAGCUGUUUACGUCGGCAGUGAGAGUCUCAAGAACGGUGACAUUGGCAUGUACACGGCUGAUCAGAUCAUUGGGUACAUCAACGAAGUGAAAAAAUGCGUUAAGGGCAAGGUGCCGGUUGGAUCGAUUCUGCGCGUUAACGAAUGGCUACACGUUUAUACUGCCGAUGCGAUAGCAAAGGCGUCCGAUCUUGUGGGUUGCAACAUAUACCCGUUCUUCACGCCCGGUACUGAACCUCCGAUAAAGAAGCUGGAAAGUCAGUGGGGAGAAAUGGUGAAGAAGUUUGGCGACAAGGUCCGUCUAACAAAGACAGAUUGGCCCCACAUGGGAGAAAAAGUUGAUGAUAAUGUCCCGUCAAAGGACACCAUGCAGCAGUAUUUUGACGACUACCGUACCACUUGGUCGUCCUAUGGCAAGAAUCAGUCGUACUAUUUCAGAGCCUUCGACUCGACAGAGAUCUCAGGAGCACGUUACGAGAUUUUCACUGGUCUCUUUGACAUCAAUGGGGUACCUAACAUUCAGUUGCCCGUAACGCCCUAG